GGCUUCUGACUUUGUGUGGUGUGGAGUAUGCUAGAUUUUAUAUAAAUAUGGAUGAGAUUAGCUGGGGAUGAACAAAAUCUCCUUCAGCAACUACUAAAUAGCCAGAAGGGGCCAGACAGUCAAUAUAUGAAUUCAGCGUUCCUACAGAACAGACCGUAAAGCAUUCCCAAAAAGUCAAAACAAUUAUUUUAGCAGCUGAUUUCUGUACUUAAAAAAACCCCAAACAAACAUUUAUUAUAGCUCUAUUAUGUAGGUAAUGUAGGAGACGUGGACACAAAUACACAGAGGGUUAACGAGGGAAGUGGGAGCACACGGGGAACACAGGUGACACUGAUAAUCAUAACGAGACACGGCAGGAGUAACACAACACUGACGGGAGACUAUCAAAGUAAAACAGGAAGCACACAGAGACGCAGACCAGAUUGGAAGAGAACACAGACAUAGCGGGCUGGGAAAACAUGGAAUAAAACACAAGGAGGAGAAACGAGGCAUGGGGGCUGGCAGAUACACAGAGGGGGCACACAGGGGGUAAAGUCACGAGGGGAAAUCAAAUAAGCAACAUCUUAACAGAACAACCGAGGGACCCUAAAGCUGACAUCAAACAACAACAAUACAAGACACACAAAAAACCAGGUAGAAGUCCCAGGACCAUGACAUGCAGGUGGUUACAUAUGGUUAAAAUGAUUCAAAUGCACUAAGUAUGCAUGUUUUUCAUAUCAAUAUAGUCCAUAACUUGAUUACUGUCUGUAGCCCACAUGAUUAAACACUUUAGUUACAUAAAACAUGUGAGGUUAGAUUUUAUCUACUGUAUAGCCUGUAUAGUAAAUUAAUAUGUAGCCCAAUAAGUAUAAAAUCCAGAAAGCUACACAACAUGGGGCGGUUCAUUUACAAACACAGGUCUAACUUGAGUUUCACACAGUUUUUAUUAGAAAACAAUCAAAUUGUUAAAUGCUUCAAGUACACAAAAUGUCAGAAAUCUGCACCGUCAUGAACAGAAAUUUAAACCUAAUUUUUCGUGAUUUGUUGAUUAACCCUCCGAGGUCUAAAUCCCACGUUGUGCACAUCAACAUCACAGAUUUGUACAAAUAAAAGUUAUAACAAAGACAUGUUAAAUAUUAAGCACUGGAAACAGCUUGUUGUUUUGUUGCCAUAGCGUUUUGUUUUGUCUCCAUUUAAAAGAUAUCAAAAUCUGAGCAAACAACUUGAUGUCAAAAGAAUCUCUGCACAUUCCGCAGUCUUUGCUGCUAAAGUGACAUCACAGCAUUUAAGCAUGUUUGAAUGAAAACAUCAGCAUAUGAACACAAAACUGAAGAGACACUGCAACCGAAUGAAAGCAGACCACUAUUUAGUGACAUUUGGACGUUUCCCUGAGGAUUAACUGCUGUGUAAUCUACCAAGAACUAAAUCAAAAUGAGUGCAAGUGGAGACGGACCACAAAAUAACCAAAACGGCCAACAGGUUAACCCACAAAGGUUCCCAAAUGGAGAUCAGGAACCUGCUAAUGGCUUCCUGAACGAUCUGUAUCUCGCUCUCCAUGAUUUUUGUUGCUAUCUAGAUGAGCUAAUAGCUUCAGUACUGGCACAAUAUGACAAUUACCUUUACGGGGACGAAGACGAUGACGACGACGACGACGACGACGACGACGACGACGACGACGACGACGACGUGAUGACGACGAUGAUGACGACGACAAUGACGACGACAAUGACGACGACGAUGACGGCGGCGACGGCGACGGCAACGAUGACGACGACGACGUUCAAAAUAUUCAUGUGAGGGACAAUAAUGCCAAUGGUGACAACGAUGAACAGCACGGGGAUCACAAUGCUGUGGUUGUGAUCAUUUUCAAUGUUGGUGGCAUUGAAAAUGAGGAGGCAUUUGAAGGCCGCAUGGAUGGUCGCCAGUACAUCCCAGAAGAGGACCCUCAGCCAGGUGUUUCCAGGAAGAGGUCUAGAGAGAGGGAUGAAGAUUUGGGACCAAACAAAAGAAUGAGAUGGAGCGAUGAUGACUCUGAAGUAUUUGAAGAUGCGCACGAAGAGCUUGAACAUGAAACUGGAGGCUCGAGGAAGCGUUCCCGAGAGGAUUUUGAGGAAGAAGAGGAAUACUUGCCUGUGUGCAAACUUCAGAGGUUUUCAAUUGAGUCGACCAGCAGCAAUGAAGACUAAGACUGCUUCGGUUUUUUCAGUAUCCUUUCAGUAAUCUGAUGGCCUACUCAGGUGAUCCUGAAUCCUCUAUGCUGCAAUAAGCUGGGCAUACACUGUGCUGUGAUUUUUCAGUCGCGUUAUUCGGCUCCUGAUCAAACUGUAGGAUUGACUCGCAGGGGUGAGAAGUUUGAUCAAGGCCAAACUCGGGACGAUCCCCAAAACGAUCGCACGACUGAAAAAUCGGCUCAAAAUGGGCCAAAAAUCGCACAGUGUAUGCCCAGCAUUAGGCUGCCGGGGGAUUCCCAUGAUGCACUGGGUGUUUCUUCUUCACCCACUAUGUUUAAUAGACCUCUCUGCACUGAAUGGUACUUGUUAUUAACCUCUGUCUCUGUUCCAUGUCUUUAUACUAUUUUCCUUGCCCCUCCCCAACCGGUCGCAGCAGAUGGCCGCCCCUCCCUGAGCCUGGUUCUGCUGGAGGUUUCUUCCUGUUAAAAGGGAGUUUUUCCUUCCCACUGUCGCCA